AUGGCGGACCGAACGGCUCGAGCUGCGGCCUCCAUCUCUCCAGUGCAACAGAUGCUGGCCUCUGGCACUGGGGCUCUCCUCACCUCCAUCAUGGUCACACCGCUGGACGUUGUGAAGAUCCGCCUUCAGGCUCAGCAGACGCCCUUCCACAAAGCUUUGGCCUCGGACUCCGCUGCGUGGAGUCGAGUCCUUCGUCCGUCUAAGUGGAAGUGUUUCUUGUAUUGUAACGGCCUCAUGGACCACAUCUACGUCUGUGAAAACGGCUCCCACUGCAGCAGCUGGUACAAGACGCCCACUCAUUUCACUGGCACCCUGGAUGCGUUUGUGAAAAUCACCCGUUCCGAAGGACUGCGGUCUCUGUGGAGCGGACUGCCUCCAACUCUAGUGAUGGCCGUCCCUGCGACAGUCAUCUACUUCACCUGUUACGACCAGCUCCGUGACUUCCUCCGCUUUGGCCUGGGCUUCCAGGGCAGCUACGUCCCCCUGGUGGCCGGAGCCCUCGCCAGACUGGGCGCGGUGUCUGUCAUCAGUCCUUUGGAGCUGGUUCGCACUAAGCUCCAGUCUCGCCGCCUCAGUUACAGAGAGCUCAGGGUGUGUAUCCGCUCGGCUGUGGCUCAGGACGGGCUGCUGUCGCUGUGGAGAGGCUGGGGCCCCACGGUUCUCCGGGAUGUCCCCUUCUCAGCCCUGUACUGGUUCAACUAUGAGCUGGUCAAAGCCGAGAUGUGCGAGAGAUACAGGAGUCCCCCCAACUUCUCCAUCAGCUUCGCCUCCGGAGCCGUGUCUGGAGCGAUCGCCGCUAUUUUGACGUUGCCGUUUGACGUGGUAAAAACUCACCGUCAGAUUCAGCUCGGGGAGAUGGACUCGCUCGGAGUCGCUCCCAAGAGAACGUCAUCCACCUGGCAAAUCAUGAAGGAGAUUCAGACCAAUGUGGGAUACAGAGGCCUUUUCGCGGGUUUCCUGCCGAGAGUGAUCAAAGUAGCUCCGGCGUGCGCUGUGAUGAUCAGCUCGUAUGAAUUUGGGAAAACCUUCUUUCAGAAAAUGAACCUGGAUCAAACACGACUCGCCACAUGA